UGCUUUUUAAUCACUGGAACUAAUAUAGGCUAUCCGCUGUGUCUGCUGAUAUGUCAUGAGUGUUAUGUAUAUUUAAGUGGGUGUCACCGUAGUUCUUGUAAUUUAAAUUAUUUUGUUACAUUAAUAUUCAGAUCGCCUAUUUUUUAUAUUUAUUCGUGGAACACCUUACUCAUAUCCAAAAAUGUCUGAACAGCAGCUGGACUGUGCUUUAGACUUGAUGCGAAGACUUCCACCGCAACAGAUUGAAAAAAAUUUGAGCGACCUCAUCGAUUUGGUGCCAAGUCUUUGCGAAGAUUUACUCUCCUCUGUUGACCAGCCAUUAAAGAUAGCACGUGAUAAAACUCUUGGCAAAGAUUAUUUGCUAUGUGACUACAAUCGAGAUGGAGAUUCUUAUAGAUCUCCGUGGAGUAACACAUAUGAUCCACCCUUAGAUGAUGGAGCCAUGCCUUCUGAUAGAUUGCGAAAAUUAGAGAUUGAUGCAAAUGAAGCUUUUGAUCAAUAUCGUGAGAUGUAUUUUGAAGGAGGUGUAUCUUCAGUAUACCUGUGGGAUUUAGAGCAUGGAUUUGCUGGUGUUAUAUUGAUAAAGAAAGCUGGAGAUGGAUCAAAGAAAAUUAAAGGGUGCUGGGAUUCCAUUCAUGUUGUUGAAGUUCAAGAGAAGUCUAGUGGUCGAAGUGCACACUAUAAAUUAACAUCCACAGUUAUGUUGUGGCUUCAAACAAAUAAGUCAGGUUCUGGAACUAUGAACUUAGGAGGUAGUCUUACUAGACAGAUUGAAAGCGAUUCAAAUGUUAAUGAAGCUAAUCCUCACAUUGCAAAUAUUGGAAAACUAGUAGAAGACAUGGAGAACAAAAUCCGCAAUACCCUAAAUGAAAUCUAUUUUGGCAAAACCAAAGACAUUGUGAAUGGACUGCGGUCUGUGCAGUCCCUCACUGAGCAAAGACAGCAAGCUGACCUUAGAAAUGACUUGGCCAAAGCUUUGCAGAAAAGGCAAGCCAAGGGAAGUGAUAUCUGAGCAGACAAUUCAAACAAAAACUUUCAACAUUUUCUGCAUUUCAGAAAAUGUUAUUUAUGUUUAUGCGUUUAUUUUAAAUAAUUCAGAGGUUUAAAUGGUGUGGCCAUUGUAUUAUACAUAAAACAAAUGUGUUAUGAAAUCCUUUUUUUACUACUUUUGUUUGCAUCCGGUGGACUUUAAAAAUUUCUAUUUGUUAUUACAAAUAUUCGUUUCGUCCAUUCAACAUCUCUUUUAAAAAUAUUUUCAUUUAAUAGAAUCUUAUGUAUGUAAAUUUGUAAAAUAUUCUUUCUAGAAUUUUUAUGAUAUUAUGCAUAUAUUUUGUUUGAAUAUUUGCUGAAAUACUUUCAAUUUUCUAAUUUCAAACUUUCUCAUCAAAAAUUUGAAAACUGUGAGUAAAAUCAUUUUUUUUUU